AUGUCAUCAAACGGAGGACCAAACCCACCCUCUUCCAAAGUGGUGAACAGUUCAAAUACAUCUUCGUCUACUCCAUUCCACUCGACACCUCCGGCAGAUAACAGCUCCCAAAGGCGAGUAGGAGGCUCUGGAAGUUCUCGGCCAGGCUUACCAUCGAGGACUUCGGCCACACCACGGAACAACCAAGCUCGGAAGAAUCAACACAACCGCCAGAGGAAACCCCGGUUAUUGGAUGAUGACGAGUAUAACGAAUCGGCCGCCAUGAAAUCAACUACUAGCCGCAAGGGACAGACGUCCAUCACCCACUUGAUGAACUUUUCACUCCCACCACGCCCGCAAUACCAACCACCACCUCGCAAUGUACGGCGCUAUACGUCCUGGGGAGCGGGUGCAGUAGACAAAUCGCGAUAUGUCCACGCUAAUUACCGGUUCAUUGUGAUGCCGAAUCAAAGUUUUCAUGCUCAGGCGGCCAAUGCAGAUGUCCAUCUCGACUGGGCCUCGGUUCUUCAAGUACUGGUAUCCGCUCAGACUCAGGCUGCCAGUUGUCCCAUUUGCUUGUCCACUCCUGUUGCACCUCGGAUGGCACGGUGUGGUCAUAUUUUCUGCCUCCCGUGCCUUAUCCGAUAUAUGCACUCAUCGGACGACGAUAAUAUGGUCCCUGAAAAACGCCACCGUUGGAAGAAGUGUCCUAUCUGCUGGGACUCGGUAUAUAUCUCCGAGACUCGACCUGUCAGGUGGUUCCGUGGUCAAGAAGGCGAUCUUCCGGUUGAGGGUGGGGAUGUUGUAUUGAGGCUUGUGAAGCGUGAGUCAGGUAGUACACUUGCACUGCCUCGUGACGCAUCUGAAACUCUUGCUCCGGGCGAGGAUGUCCCAUGGUAUCAUGUGGCCGAGGUUGCCGAUUAUGCUCGAAUAAUGAAAGGCGGCGAAGACUACAUGAUCGCUCAGCAUGAUGCCGAAAUCGAAGACCUUCGCAGACAGGAGGUCGAAGACGAGCUUCUGUUUGGCGAUGAGAAUACGUGGACCCGGAAAGCCAUCGGUUCCAUCAUGGAUGCCAAAGAAAAGUUGAAAGGCAUUGGCAACCCGCCUGAGGUUCGCCCGGUCAAAGGACGCAUGGCCGCAAUCACACCCGCCAGUAGCUCCGCUGCACCAUCCACCGUUACGGCGGAUCCGGCGGCUACGACGGACGACAUAAACGGUAUAUCUAAAGAUAUGGAAGGAGUACAACUUCAAUCUGAUUCCAGCGCUAAACUUAAAGAAAAAGGCCGCAGCAAGCAAACCCCAGCUUCUACUGGAUCAGACCACCCAUACCAUUUCUAUCAGGCCCUGCCUCAAUUCUAUCUCUCGUCCUUGGAUAUUCGCAUCUUGAAGGCUGCAUUUGGAGAAUAUGCCCUGUUUCCCGCGACCAUCCUUCCGCGAGUGGAGCACAUAUCAACGGGCCAUACCGUGGAUGAUGAGCUCCGCAAGCGGGUGAAAUACCUUGGGCAUCUUCCGCAGGGAUGCGAGGUCAACUUCCUGGAGUGCGACUGGAGAGAUGUGGUUGUCCCCGAGGUGUUAGCGCAAUUCCGCACAGAAAUCGAUAAACGGCGAAAACGUAACCGAGAAAAGGAAGCCCGGGAAGAGAAGGAUCGGAUCCGCGCAGAGAAAGAAGAGGAUGACAAACGAUGGGCUGCAGCUCGACGCAAGCGGCCAAGCAUUGGAGAUGCCAGUGCCGGCGAAGCUCCAUUUUCUCCUCGUGAUUUCCAACCGCUCCCUAAUCAUGUCGAUUCAACGUCAUUUGACGCGGGCACUUCCUCAGCCUCUCCCCCACGCUCAUCUUCAGGGUUCGGGGCUUUGGCUUCUCCGUCUACCAGUCCACCAGGCGUACGUACUGUCUGGGGUACGACGGCAGUGGGUGCGCUGUCCCCAAGUUUUGAAGUCCAGAACGCUUUUGCGCACGAUGGGUGGCGGCAGGGCUGGGAAGAUGAGUUGUUUGCCCAUCAGGAGUCCGAUCUACUUGCUCAGACGGCAUCAGCAGACCAAAACAACGUUUCCUCAUCCAGUGGAGGCAAGAAAAAGAAGAAGAACAAAACGAAAAUUACAUUGAUGGCCACUAGCAGCCAAAGAGGGGCAUAG